AUGUCUUUCAUCAAACUCUCUAUUGCGGCUCUAGCCACAACUGCGACUGCAUAUCAACUCGUGGAGAAACACAGCGGCCCUAGUUUCUUUGACGGCUUUGACUUCUUCACAGACUCUGAUCCCACGCAGGGGGCAGUUUCCUACGUCUCAAGAUUAACUGCUGCGCCAGCUAAGCUCAUCGGUCUUGUCAACGACAAUAGCACCGCUCCCCCAACAAUGGCUGCUUAUAUUGGCGUUGACUCUACAACAGUCACUGCUAAUCGCCCGUCUGUUCGUCUGACAAGCAAAAAGUCGUACAACCACGCUCUGGUACUCGCUGAUAUCAAACACAUGCCGAGUGGUUGCGGCGUCUGGCCCGCUCUAUGGUUUACUGGUCCGAAUUGGCCGCAAUCUGGAGAAAUCGAUAUUUUGGAGCAGGUCAAUGGCAACGAUUACAACACCGCAACCCUCCACACCUCUGCAAACUGCGCCAUCACCGGCAACAUUAGCAAUGGCCACUCUGACUUCUUCUCUGGCACUCUCAUGACACCUGACUGCGACGUCAACUCUCCUGCUCAAAGCAAAAACGCUGGGUGUGGCAUUCGUGCACCCUCAAAUGAAACCUACACAGUUGGAAAUCAGAGCUGUGUUCACUCCACCGCAGGCGAUGCCUUCAACGCACAAUCGGGUGGUGUUUACGCUAUGCUCUGGACGUCUGCUGGUGUUAGCAUCUACUUCUUCCCUCGCGACUACAUCCCCAACGACAUCAAAGCAAACGUCCCUGACCCUUCGACUUGGACCUCCAAACCUCAGGCCGUCUUCUCUGGCAAUGGCUGUGACUUUGACAGUCAUCUUAAAGACCUUCAACUCGUCAUCAACACCGAUUUCUGUGGCGAUUGGGCUGGCAAUACAUGGGAGGCUGAUGGCUGUGCUGCUAAAACAGGCGUUGCUACCUGCGCUGAAUAUGUUCAAAACAACCCUAAGGCCUUUGAGACUAGCUAUUGGCUCUUCAACAGCAUUUCCAUCUUUUCGAAUGAGACUGUGACGGAUGACUAA